CCGCUGGACCUAGGCAAUUGUUCGCAACAUAUCGUUCAAUAUUUUUAUGAUGCUGCUAUAAACCGAUGCAAAAAGUUUUUUUACAGGUUGCGUUUUCAUUCUGAUCACCGAAAGCGUAGUAAUGAAUGUUCGCAAUGUGAUCCGAAGUAUGGAGUUUGUGCUAACGGGCGAUGUCGAUGUGUGAAAGGUUUCGCAGGUGAUGGCAAAAAAUGUGAAGCUGUAACUGGCUUAGUGGGCCUGGGAUCGAAUGGUGAAUGGGAGAUCCGAUAUUAUUUUGACGCGGCCUCGUCGUCUUGUCGGAGAUUCUGGUACGGUGGGUGCACAAGCGCGAAUCAGAACAUUUUCGCAGAUGCUCAGGUCAUCUUCAAGCCAAUCUAUUCGUUGAAAAACUUUUCAGUUAUCAUUUACGAACCUAAACUUGGCAUAAUGCAGUGGUUCCCACAUUCGGGUGAUCCAUUACCCUUUUUGAUGAUCUGA